ACUGCGGAGAAUCCUCGCACGGCAAUAGCAGGCAGAUAAUAACAAUAUUAUUAGAGCCCGGGACCCAUAUAUUAUAGACACAUAAAAAAAGCCCACCAUGUCGGUUGCCUUUGCUUCUGCUCGCCCGAGAGGCAAAGGGGAGGUGACCCAGCAAACUAUCCAGAAGAUGUUAGAUGAAAAUCACCACCUAAUACAAUGUAUUAUGGAUUAUCAGAGCAAGGGGAAAACUGCAGAAUGUACUCAAUACCAACAAAUCUUGCACAGAAACCUCGUUUACUUGGCAACAAUAGCAGAUUCUAACCAGAAUAUGCAGUCCUUGCUUCCUGCUCCACCAACGCAAAACAUAAACUUGGGCCCAGGAGGAAUGACUCAGAGUGCAUCCAACCAAUCUCUUCAUUCACAGAGCAAUCUCAGUGAUGCAAUCGGAACGGGCCUUCCUCCUUCCUCCCUCAUGCAGAGUCAGAUUAGCAAUGGUCCUAAUCACGUGCCUAUGCAGCAGUCAGGCCAGAACACUAUGCCCACAACCUCUCUGAGUAUGACUGUCAGCAGUCAUGGAACUGGGCCUGGUUAUAGCCAUACAGUGCCUGCAUCUCAGAAUGUGCCAAUGCAAGGCCAGGGGUCAAUAGGCAAUUAUGUCUCUCGAACAAACAUCAACAUGCAGUCUAAUCCAGUCUCCAUGAUGCACCAGCAAGCAGCAACAUCACAUUACAACUCGGCACAAGGAGGGAGCCAGCAUUACCAGGGGCAGUCCUCCAUUGCCAUGAUGAGUCAGAGCAACCAGGGCAACAGCAUGAUGGGUCAGCGACCAAUGGGCCCCUACAGAGCUUCACAGCAAGGUUCCUCGCAGCAGUACAUGGGUCAGGAGGAAUAUUACAGUGAACAGUACAGUCAUGGACAAGGCUCAUCAGAACCUAUGAAUCAGCAAUAUUAUCCAGAUGGACAUGGUGACUAUGCCUAUCAGCAGUCAUCCUACACUGAGCAGAGCUAUGACAGGUCAUUUGAUGACUCUACACAACACUAUUAUGAAGGAGGAAAUUCUCAGUACAGCCAGCAGCAGGCAGGAUACCAACAGGGAGCUGCACAACAGCAAACAUAUUCCCAGCAGCAAUACCCAAAUCAACAAAGUUACCCAGGACAACAGCAAGGAUAUGGUCCUGCACAAGGAGCAUCUUCACAGUAUUCCAGCUACCAACAGGGACAGGGGCAGCAAUAUGGGAGUUACAGAGCUUCUCAGACAGGACCAUCCGCUCAGCAGCAGAGGCCUUAUGGCUAUGAGCAGGGACAAUAUGGAAAUUACCAGCAAUAAAAUAAUAUGAUGCUGUGUCAGAUUCAUUUCAAUAGUAUCUCCAUCUUUUGAACUGGAUGUACCGGCAGUUUUGAUUACUUGUAAUAUGUUGGUUACCCCUUAGCACAAAGCAGCGUCUGUAUGUGAACAGUGUUCAUUUCAUGCUGGAUAUGAAGCAGUGCACUACUGGUAACAAGACAAUGCUUUAAUGGUUUGAUAUUUGGUGCUGUGUAUAGUACUGUAUGUUGAUACAACGCAGAAGUUUUUAAUUUCCCCCCCGUUCUUGAUGUUUCUAAAUAGCUUUAGGAUCAUUUGAUCACAGUUGUGCCCCGUUCUGACAAAAUGCCAGGUUAUUCUGCAUUCUAACUAAAUACGAAGCCAUUCAGUCAUAUCUCACUCCAGGAAAGUGUCCUAUGGUAGGUUACCAACCUUUUUUAAACUAAAUGCAUUGCAGGUUACCUGCCAGCCUCUGAAAUCCAUGGCUCUUCACUUCUUAAGAAUGAGGGAAAUGUUACGUUCCUUAUGUGAAGACAGUUCCAUGCUAUAAAAAUAAAAUUAACUGCCAUUUCUGCAGUACCUACUGGGCAAACUACCAGGUUGUAUCAUUCAGUAAUCUGCGUAAGUCCAUUAUUUCUGUUGUAAAAGGUACAGAAGGAUGAUCAAAACCUAUAUUGAAGGAAAUGUCAGUCACUAGUGGCACCUUUUAUAUAUCCACGUAAACGAAAGUAUCUCUGUCAUGGAAAGAAAAACAGAAGGGAGCUCAGAGAUCUGCAGUGUCAUCCUACUAGAUGUCAGUAUUGCUUCACGUGGUGCUUAGCUGAGAAAAACAUCUGGCAAACCUUCAGUCUUAAAUAUGCUACUCCAGAUUUUAUAACUUGCACAUACAUUCUCAUGCCAAAUUUCACAGGCAGGUGGCUGGCAUCCUUCUUUAUUUCUGACUCUCCCACAGCCCUUACUGAAAUUUUCCAGCAAGAAUUAUAACCAUAAAUAUUGUCAAUUUAUAUCUUUUUUGGUUGACUGUUCUUAUGGCUUCCUGACAGUAUUUUUUUCUCUUGUAGCUUAACAGAAAUAGUUCAGAAAUAAAAAGAGUAAAAAAAAAAAAAAGCAACCAAAUUCAGUUUUAACUGUGAAAUAAUAUUAUGCAUAUAGAGGGGAAAUUGUUAUUGGGAUCAACUGGUGAGAGAUACCUAUAGAGGGAAUCUAGAAAUACGAACUAGACGUAUGUAAAAGCCAGUAUGAGCAUCUGAAGUCACUUCUACUCAGUUUUAUGUGUCCCUAUAGAGUGUUGAAUAAAGCACUUCUGAAGUGCUUCUGUAACUGAGGAAUGAAAUAACACGUCAAAUUUCUCUGUGGUGAGAGUAGGAUGGUUAUAAUCAGUGAGCAGUUUUUAAUAGGAGGUUAAUUGGAAAUUUAUGCUGUAAAGUUACCUUUUGCUGUAGGGUAUUUGUUUGUUUGAACUGGUAUAUUUACAGGAUUUUCAGACCACAGUAAAACAAAAGACCUCUCGCUUCAGUACGUCUAUUCCUGUAGAGAAGAGUCUUUAAGUGGACAGUUUGCUAUGGGAUGUUGUCCAAGCACUGCCCCUGCAACGUUAAUGUUUUCCAUUACUGAUAAAACAGAAGGCGUUUUCAGCCCGUCCUCAUUUCACUCAUCUUUCCUGCUGGUGUUUUCAUACAAAUAAGUCCUCUCAAAUAUCAAGGAAGGGAAAGGAGGUAGGUUUGUUUUCUCUAUGAUAUAUUAAUAUCACAGGUAGCCAGAAUGCAAUAUUGCUCUUGGCCAGCUUGGAGGUACGCCUUUCCCGUGGCUUUGAAAGUGCUGAAAUGACCUUAUUAUAUAUAUAAAAUAUGAUGACCUCUGGAGAGAACACGAACAACACUUGGAACGAAGCAGCAACAUCCCACCAAUCUGAAAUGUCUUACAUUAAGAACUUCUUGAAUGUUGUGUACAUAAUGUAUUUGAAAGAGCACUUUGGAAAUAGUUUGUACAUUUAUUUCCUAAUUUAUACAUGAUUUUGGUGUUAAUAUUUCUAACUGUUAAUAACAAAAAUGUUUAUUUAAUGUGUUGUCCAUUUUUAUGUAUCGAUGUGGAAACAACGUGAUGCCAGCAUUUGGACUUCUUUCAUUAACUGUAACCAUUUUCUGUUUUGUAAUACAGAAUGCUUGGAAAUUGUUUAGGUUAAACGUUAUCUGAAAGCGAA